AUGGGGGUAGUAUAAACUUGUAUUAAGUAAAGGAACUCUGCUCCCCAAAUUGAGUACAAUGUUCCUACUAUUAUAAAAAGAAAAUAUGUUGGGAAACACCCUCAUAAAUAAAACAUUUUGAUUCCUCCACUUUCUUAAUUGGGUGAAUUUCAUGAAUCAUUAGAACAAUUAGAAUUAGCCUUAUAAGAAAAUAACAUUAAUUUAAGUAUUCACAAAACAGCUACUUUUAAUAGUAGUAGUGCAAAUCGUUAAUCUAUAUCAAUAGAUCCUAGUCUAAACUUAUCUUUGAAUACUACUAUUCCUAAUACAUUUCAACCAUAAAUCAAAUAAAAUUUAUCAUUAUAAUAGCCAUAAAACUAGAAAGAUGAAGAGCCAAUUUAAAAAAAAUAAACUUUUAAAGAUUCUUAAUUUAAAAUGCGUGCAGAAGCUUAAGGAGAAAAUUAUGCUCGGAGUCUUAGUAGUAAUUCAAGAGCUUAAAGAGCUUAAAUUCCAAAUAAUGAUGAGUCUUCAGUCUCAUUACAAAAAGAUUCUGAAACAAACACUAAAAAAAGCAUUUUGAAAAAUAAACAACAAUUUAUAAAUAACAAACUAAAACGAGGAAUAAGUUUAAGACAAUAAUAAUAAGUAAUUAAUGACGAUACUCAAUCCUAAAGAACUUCAAAGAGUUAGAAACGAGUUAAAUUUGAUCCAAAAAUAUUUAGACCAAAAAAUACUCACUUCUUUUAAUGA